AUGAGUGUACAUGGUGAUAGUGACACGGAUCCCGCGACAGUAGACAUGUUCCAUGUCGCGCGAGGUUACGCCAUUUUUCGGUUGGAAAAUAUUGAGGGUUCCGACUUGAAAGGGUAUGAUGAAUCAGACAUUAAGGAUAUAGAAAAGGACUUUCACAAAGCACAACUACGGAUUUUACGUCCACUGAAACCUGAAAAACGUGUGGAGGAGUAUGAAGUCACCAAGGAAUUUGAAAGUGACAAUUACAGCAGUGCAUAUGAAACACUGUCCAACUAUUAUGAUAGGAAGAGGCAAAUUGCUGUCAUGGUGAAAACUUGUCGAGCUUCUCGCUGUAGUGUGUGUAAUCGCUCGCACCACAACUUAUUGCAUUUCACAAAGAGUGUGGAAGCUCCCACGGGCACAGAGAUUGCCACUGCACCGUCUAGCAAUGGCAUGAGUAGUAGUAGUAAUAACACAGUUUUAGCUGCUAUGGCGGGAGAUAAUACAAUCUUCUUCGCUACUGCCCAGGUGUUAAUUCGGGACAGUUCUGGUGUCUUCCGCCCAGUGCGGGCGCUCCUGGAUGGUGCUAGUGCAUGCAAUUUCAUGUCAAAAUCCUGUGCAGAAAUGCUAGGGUUUGAAACUUCUGGACAACACACUGUGUUUGGCAUUGGCAAUUCGCCAUAUCAAACAUUUGGCGCACUAUCAUGUGAGGUCAAGCCAAUGGGAAAUGAACCCUCUUCACUGAGUACUAAACUCGAAGCUUUCGUUUUGUCGCCGGUAUGUGCCGACCAACCUCCUCAACCUGUCGAUUCGUCGGGGUGGUCGCACAUCAGGAAUUUAUCGCUGGCUGAUCCUGGUUUCGCCCGUCCGGCGCCGGUGGACCUGUUACUUAACGCACAGGUCUUCGUUUCGUCGUUGUUGCCCGGUAUACGGCGCGGGGAGCCAGGACAGCCUACUCUGUUGAAAACCAUCUAUGGAUGGGUCGUUAUGGGUGAGUGUGACGGGAGUCAGCUCACAACAAGCGCUCUCGUAUCGUAUCGUAACAAUAAAAAUCAUUGUUUUUUCGUGUCGAGUCCUUCGCAGAUUUUGUCGCUUGAUGAUUCUAUAAAAAAAUUUUGGGAAUUAGAAAACGUUAGUUCUCCGACUAAACCUUUCGUAUCUGAGGAGGACCAACGCUGCGAGGACUAUUUUCUUGAAAAAUACUAUCGCAAUGAAGAAGGCAGGUUCGUAGUUCCACUACCAUUUGUCGAUCCCGCGAACAAACCUACCUUCCUCAAUUCGCGUGAAAUUGCUCUCAAGCGGUUCACGUCGUUGGAACGCAAGUUGAACUCCAACCCCGAGUUCAAAAGGGCGUAUGUGGAAUUUAUGGAUGACUAUGAGGCUCGUGGUCACUUGGAAGAAGUGGAACCUCCUUCCACAAGUGAAGGCCACUUCUAUUACAUACCUCACCAUGGAAUUCUGCGCGAUUCCGUCACCACUCCUCUUCGCGUGGUUUUCGACGCAAGCGCUAAGGACGCCAACGAGGUGUCUUUGAACGCUACUCUUCUCGCUGGGCCCAAGCUUCAGACCAACAUUUUCGAUCUGCUCACACGUUUUCGCUGGCAUGCCGUCGUCUUCACAGGUGACGUGAAACAGAUGUACAGGCAGAUCCUGGUCUCUGAUGAAGACGCUGAAUUUCAGCGCAUUUUGUGGCGCCCUUCUGCUGUCGGUCCUGUGCGCGACUACCGUCUUAAAACGGUAACCUACGGGGUUUCUGCUGCGCCAUUCCAAGCUCUUCGUACAAUGGCUCAACUUGCCAGUGAUUCUGCAGCCGCAUACCCAAGUGGUUCAACUGUUCUCGCUCGUGACAUCUACGUCGACGACGUCGUCACCGGAGCGGAUUCUGUCGAGCAGGCGCGUUUACUUCAGGUGGACCUUACGAAAAUAUUGUCGUCGGGGGGUUUCCACCUCAGGAAGUGGACCUCCAAUAGUAGUGAGUUCUUGGAGAGUCUUCCGUCUUCUGAUCUGUACUCGGAAGACUUUAAACAUUUCGAAGAAAUGACUGACAUUUCUCUAAAGAUAUUGGGCUUGCUAUGGCAACCUCAAUCAGAUUCUUUCCGGUUUCGUGUCGCCGCUGCUCCUAACGGUCGGUGCACCAAGCGCACCAUUCUGUCGGAGAUAGCUAGAAUCUUCGAUCCAUUAGGUUUCCUCUCGCCUGUACAUUUCUCGCCAAGUAUCUGA